AAAUUUGAUAAACUCAAUCUAUUUGUUGUUCUAAAAAUAUAACUAUUAAAAAUUUUUGUUGAAAUUUUUUUAUUUUGUUGUACAUAUUAUUGUUAUUUAAGUCAAUGACCUAAAAAGAGCGGAAGAGAGGUUAGAAAAGUCAAGAUUGAUCGAAGAAGAACUGUUGUAGUUGUAGUUGCAUUUGUGUUGGAGGUGAAAGUACACCGUAAAGUACACGUUGUCUGAAGUUGCCAACCACUGACAUGUCUGUGCCCCACCUUUUUUUUCGAGUGAAUACGGGUUUGUCGAGAAGUGCACCUCUUCUACAAUUUGUUAAUAGCACUGUCACUUUAGCAACGCAGACAAGUUUUCAGCCGCCCGUCAACAAUUAUAAUUCAUAUUUUCCAUCACAAGAAUAUUCAUUUGUUAGAAAUUUUAGUACUUCUACUGCAAUGGCAAAAAUAAAGGCUGGUCCCGUUGUUGAUAUUUUGGGAGAUGAGAUGACCAGAAUUAUUUGGGACUCCAUUAAGGAGAAAUUAAUCCUUCCUUACUUGGACAUCGAACUUCAUACGUACGACUUAGGAAUAGAACAUCGUGAUAAAACUGACGAUAAGGUGACCGUAGAAUGCGCCGAUGCAAUAAAAAAAUACAACGUCGGUAUCAAGUGUGCCACCAUAACACCUGACGAAAACAGAGUUGUAGAAUUCAAACUUAAGCAAAUGUGGAAGAGUCCAAAUGGAACGAUCAGAAAUAUUCUCGGUGGUACCGUAUUCCGUGAGGCAAUUAUUUGCAAAAAUAUUCCCAGACUAGUCACUGGUUGGAAUGAUCCGAUUAUUAUUGGAAGGCACGCUCAUGGAGAUCAGUACAAGGCGACCGAUUUUCUCGUACCUGGUCCGGGAAAAUUGCAAAUUACCUGGACUGGUGAGAAUGGACAAAAAAUCGAACACCUUGUUUACGAUUUCAAGUCGUCGGGUAUUGCUCAAGCCAUGUACAAUACUGACGAGAGUAUUAGAGACUUUGCUCGCAGUUCCUUAGAGUACGCUUUAGCGAGAAAGUAUCCUCUCUAUCUUUCUACAAAGAACACUAUUCUCAAAAAGUACGAUGGUAGAUUCAAGGACAUUUUCCAGGAAAUUUAUGAUAAAAACUACAAAUCAAAAUACGAAGCUGAGAAUAUCUGGUACGAACAUCGAUUAAUUGACGACAUGGUGGCUUACGCAAUGAAAUCAAACGGUGGAUUUGUCUGGGCCUGUAAAAAUUACGACGGAGAUGUUCAAUCAGACUCUGUAGCUCAAGGUUAUGGAUCUUUGGGUCUCAUGACCUCAGUUUUGGUCUGUCCCGAUGGUCGCACGGUGGAGGCUGAAGCUGCUCAUGGAACGGUGACUCGUCACUAUCGUCAGCAUCAACAAGGAAAGGAAACUUCCACAAAUCCAAUUGCUUCAAUCUUUGCUUGGACGAGAGGUUUGCUCCAUAGAGCAAAACUCGAUAACAAUGAUAAAUUGAAGCAUUUUGCCGAAACUUUGGAGAAGGUUUGCGUCGACACAAUCGAAUCUGGCAGUAUGACGAAAGAUCUUGCAAUUUGUAUCAAGGGAAUGAAUGGAGUUAAGAGAUCUGAUUAUUUGGAAACUUUUGAAUUUAUGGACAAAUUGGCAGAAAAUUUGAAGAAAAGCCUCAAAGCAUGACUUCAUAACAUUCCAACUUCAUCAAUACAGUCUAAAUAUUGAUAAUUUUUUAUGGACGCAAUAACUUUUCGUAUAAUUGUAAUAAUACUGACUAUAAAAAGAGAAAUACGUAUA